AUGCUUCGCAAUUGCGGCUGCUUCCGGCGGACGCGCCGCAGCUUGAGCUUCGAGGACUCGUCUUCCUGUCGCUCCUCGGAAAUCGAACGCGCCGGCCAGCUCACGCCCACCAACGGCAGCCUGCUGAAGAUCUUCACGUCGAAAGGAUGGUGCGGCCAGUGGCGGAAGCCCAGCCGCGGCAUGAGCAUGUCGAAGAUUGAACGAACCAUGAAGGCGGCGAUUCUGAUUCAGCGCUGGUAUCGUCGCUAUCUGGCACGCAUGGAGGUGCGGAGGCGCUUCUCCUGGACAAUCUUCCAGAAUCUGGAGUAUGCCGGCGAGCAGGAUCAGCUGAGGUUGUACAACUUCUUCAAUGCCCUGCUGACGCACAUCCCGGACACGAUGUCGAAACAGUUGGAUUCGUGCGACACGUCCAGGUCGUCGUCCACGGAGGCGAUCGACAUGAAGUUCUCCGAUGAGUCGGAUGAGUUGGCGGAGGAGGGAAUCAGUGGACCGGAGAAGAUGACCUACCGCGGCCCGCACAUCGCCUUUCCGCUGACGAAGAGGGACUUGGAUGCGAUGAUAGAUCUGUUCCGGAAGAAGAAGUACAACCGCCUCCACCCAAAGUACGUGGCGGGAAUUCUGCGCGACGCCAAGGCGCGCCUCAAACGCCUGCCAAAUCUCAAUCAGGCCUCCACGGCCAUCUCCAAGCAAGUCACCAUCUGCGGCGACCUGCACGGCAAGCUCGAUGAUCUCCUCGUCAUUUUCCAUAAGAAUGGACUUCCAUCGCCCGAAAAUCCCUAUGUGUUCAAUGGAGACUUUGUGGACCGUGGGAAGAAGAGUCUGGAAGUGUUUCUCCUCCUGCUCGCCUGCCUCCUCGUCUAUCCCGGCGGCGUGUUCCUCAACCGUGGCAAUCACGAGGACUCCGUGAUGAACGCCAGAUACGGUUUCAUCCGCGAGGUGCACCAGAAGUACAAGCACAACGCCGAGCGGCUGCUGAAGAUGAUCGAGGGCGUGUACAGAUGGCUGCCGCUGGGCACCAUCGUGAACAAUCGCGUGCUGGUGGUGCACGGCGGCAUCUCCGACUCCACGGAUCUGGAUCUGGUGAAGAGCCUGGACCGCGGCAAGUACGCGUCGCUCCUGCGGCCGCCCAUCAUGGAGGGCGGCGCGCCGGGCGCGGACAUGAUCGACCGCGUGGAGUGGAAGCAAGUCUUCGACAUCCUGUGGAGUGAUCCGCAGCACAACGACGGAUGCCGUCCGAAUUCCCUGCGCGGCGCCGGAACCUACUUCGGACCCGACGUCACCAAGACCUUCCUGGCGAAGCACAAGCUCACGUACAUCGUGCGAUCGCACGAGUGCAAGCCGGACGGACACGAGAUGAUUCACGAGGGACGGGUCAUAACCAUCUUCUCCGCCUCCAACUACUACGAAAUUGGCUCCAACAAGGGCGCUUACCUGAAGCUCGACCCUCAGCUGGACAUCCACUUUGUGCAGUACACCGCCGCGGCGUCCAAGACGCGCAAGCUCACCUUCAGACAGCGCGUCGGACUGGUGGAGAGUUCGGCCAUUCGCGAACUGGCGGAACAGCUGAGGAAUCGCCGUGUCGAACUGGAACAGGAGUUCAUCAGUCGCGACGACAACAAGACGGGCCUUCUCACGCUGGCCAAAUGGUGUGAAGCCAUGGAGGCUGCGACCUUCCUGGGCCUUCCGUGGCGACUGCUGCGCGACCGCCUGGCUCCUCUUGACCCCAAUCAGCCACCCACGACCGUCAAGUACGCCAAGACACUCGAGCUCCUCGACUCGGACUCGAUGAAAACCAAUCCGGAUUCGGCUUCUGUGGCUGAAUCGCUGUAUCGCAACAAGACAAGCCUGGAGGCGAUCUUCCGGAUCCUGGACAAGGACAAUUCCGGCCAGAUCUCACUGGAGGAGUUCGCCGAGGCGUGUCACAUUCUGCACAAGCACCUGCCCGAGCAUGGCACGGAGGAGGAACUGCUUGAGAUGUGCAAGAUGAUGGACAUCAACAAGGACGGCGCGGUGGACUUGAAUGAGUUCCUGGAGGCAUUUCGGCUGUGCGAUCAGGCGCGACGUGGCCUCAGGAAGCCACUGCAUGAGAUCCUGUCGGUGGACGAGGAGCAGGAGCGACGCCGAAGGAAGAGUGUCCAGGACAACGGCUUCGGCAUCCAGAACUAUCCAGAGAAAUCUGACGAUGAGCCGGAGUACAAGGUGAAGACGUCAGUGACGAAGGCGGAUGAAGAGGAUGUGGAGUCGGAGGACGAGAGUGACUACACGGAUCAGAUUCAGGACAAAACAGCUCCUGAAGCGCCCAAAGAUGAGGAUUUGUAGGCAUUUUGCAUCCUUUCACUUCCAUCAAAGGGGAGAUAUUAUGGCUAAAAGUCAAUCCAACUUACACUUCAAAUUUUUUUGCUUAUUUCCGGUUUUUGAUGAUGUCAAAUCCAACACACAAACCCUUUAUCCGCCAUUUUGAACACCAUCAAAACACUUUUUCGUCAUUAAUUCAGGUCCUAUGUUACGAAUCUGGCCCAAAUUCUAGUAUGUUAUAGCUAGCCUCAAGAUCUUUCCAACGAACCACCACCUAAGAACCUAGGACCUUCCAGACCCCAGAUAUUAAGGAUCAAAAUUUGAAAUUUUAAACAGCUACAGCUCCGCUUCUAAUCAUCCGAUCUGAAUAAUUCAAAGCUCAUUAGAAAGAUCUCAUAAAAUGCAAUCUUUUAUCCGAGCAUCAUAACUUGCUAUAGCUACCGCUAGAGGCGCUAAAGACAAAAAAGCCAUUUUUGAAAUCUCGAAAUCGAAUAUCUCGAAAACUAGACUGUGAAUUUUCUUGAAAUCUUAGUAUGUUAUAGCUGAGAUUGAGACCUUUCCAACGAUACCUUACUUGUAAGGCUUGAUGUUUUGGGAGCGGAGAUAUGGAAGGUCAAAGUUCACACUUUUACCAGUCAAUAUCUCUGUGGUUUAUUAACCGAUUUUGAUCAAACCUU